CUCCGUUGCAGUCUGGCUCCAGCGGUCUAGCUAGACGGUUGCGCCGCGGUGUCCCUGUCCAACUAGAAUACGUCACUCAUCUUUCAACGUGCUGGGCUGCUAAAUCCUUAAAGGGAUGUCGUCGUGCCGUGUGGCGGCGUGCGUGGCCGCGCUUGUGGCUCUGUGCUGCGCGUUGCCACACACCGUGUUUGCGCUCGACCUGAACCGCCUCUACGGCCAUCACACCAAACGAUCUGAAUAUUGUCACCCUUAUGAACCAUUCAAGUGUCCCGUUGACGGCAAUUGCAUUUCUAUCCAAUACCUCUGCGAUGGAGCCCCGGACUGCAUUGAUGGGUACGACGAAGAUUCUAAGCUGUGCACUGCAGCUAAGCGUCCUCCUGUAGAGGAAACUGCAUCUUUCCUCCAGUCGCUGCUGGCAUCCCAUGGACCUAACUAUCUGGAAAAACUAUUCGGAAGCAAAGCAAGAGAUGCUCUGGAACCGCUAGGCGGCGUCGAGAAAGUAGCUAUCGCUUUAUCAGAAUCUCAAACCAUAGAAGAUUUCGGCGCCGCUCUUCAUCUGAUGAGGUCCGAUCUGGAACACCUGCGCUCUGUCUUCAUGGCUGUCGAAAAUGGUGACCUCGGCAUGCUUAAAUCUCUUGGCAUCAAGGAUUCUGAACUCGGCGAUGUUAAAUUUUUCCUAGAGAAGCUGGUAAACACCGGCUUCCUCGACUGAAUAGCACCGGAGUCUGCCUCUGAUUACUACCACGUCGUCCAAUUUGCACCCAUCAGCUCAUCCUUCUACAGUUACCUUCCAUACGACUCCAUUAAAUACAGGAGAAAGUAAUACCGUCCCCUCUGCUUCCCUAAAAUCCCGUGAGAAUGGUGCGUAUGUCCAGUAAUUAUUCAGCAAUGAGUUGAGGAAUACUUAUUAGUUCCCAGAUUGAUAUCUACUACCGGCCACGUAGACUCGAUCUGACCUAAUAUCUCCUCUGCAUAUUUAUAUAAAUUCGGUAUUAGCGACUUUUUACGGCGGUUAUCAUUUCAUAUCAAUUUAGAUUAUUUAUUUCAUCACUGUCUGUGUGUAUUUGCUUCUGUUUAUAUUAAUUUACAAGCUGAAGUUAUGGAUCAGGGGUAAAUCUCGCGUCUUUAUCUUUCAAAGUACAUACAAGCGCAAAUUAUGUUUUUGAUGUCCGCGUAAGACUGUGAUUUAGUAUUAUCUCUUUUCGGACGUCGGAAUAUCAAAAAUAUACUUAUUAUUGGCAUACAUAUAUGUACUAAGAAUGAUAACCCUGACAAUAACUCAAAUUUCGAUCGAUCCUUUAAAUUGUGUGUGUGACUAUCACGAAUGUUUCGAUAUCCCCUACCGCCCACAGCAGUGGGUAGUAUCCAACUUUACCUUUUUCACUAAUUAUAUAAUCAGAGGCGACUCCAUUUAACGUCUGCGUCCAUUCUAAGCGAGAUAUAAAGCUAAAAGUCGGCCAAUUACGUUCGAGUGUGAAAUUUUCUUAGAUUAUAAAAUUUAAAAAAAAUCGUUGAAAGAAUGUAUGCGCUUUAUAUCUGGCUUUUAGAAAAAUCCAGAAUAGGACCAUGGAUACAUUUAUUAUAAACUUAGCAGUAGGUAAAAAACAUAUCAUAGAUUAUAGCCAAUAGUUGAUAAAGUAAUUACCUAUUUUAAUAUGAUCGAUAUUGUAGUGUUUAUGAAACAUUUUGUAAACCCUUUUAGUAGGUACUUUGCCAUUUAAACUAUAUCAAAUUAGAGGCAUGCUAAACGGUGCUGCACUUGAUUCCCGAAACAUAUCAAAAUUAUGUGAUUUUAAAUGAUAGAUUUAUGGAUACUGUUAUAAUAUAAAUUGUAAUUUGAAGAGUAAUAAGGCUAUUUUCAAAUCAAUUUCUUUAAGAAUUUGAUACAAAAUUGAUCAUUAUAAUUUCGACGUACCUAUCUUUUCUCGGUGUAUAUUACGUAAGUAGUAAAACUUUUGUCAAAUGCGGGCUAAAGAACAACGAAAUAGUUGAUUAAGUGCCACUUUGUAAAGUGAAAUAGUGUGUACAAAGGUGUGCAAAAUAAUAUCUUAUCUCGCGUACUUGGUGUAAUGUCGUAAUUUAAUACAAAUAUAUAAUUAUUGGUUUUGUAUUCGGAAAUUGGAAUUACCUAUUAUGUCAUGUCAGGAUCGCAAAGAAAACGCCUGUAUUUGUCAGAAGUUAUAUGAACCAUACAUAUCUAUUGCCAAAUCUUAAAAUUUCAAUUACAUACAUGUAAUUUCAAUGUAUUACCUGUAGAUUCCGACACUUACGUAUAAACACGAAUAUAGAUACCGUAGUGAUACAUUACACCUACGUAGGUAUUUACCACUAUAGUCGCUUAACUUAUAGAUUGGUCAAAACAAAAGUCACUUGCGUCAGAUCUUUAUAGAUUAAGUAUCAAUCUAUUGUAAUGUCUUCACAAGACUAUCUUUGAGCUCUGUUAGUCAAUACAGUGUGUUUAAAACUAAGUGUAAGCUUAUUGUACUUACAUAACAAGUCAAUAAACUAAUCAUCUUCA